GUCGCAGCUUGCAGCUGUUUUUGUGGGACUCAGCAUCAUGGCGCCCGCGCUUGCGGGAUAGCGGCUAGCGCUAACGCUAAGGGUCUGGCAAAAAUUGAGCUUCCGAAGAAUUUCUCGACCACCACUUCAACAUGUCGUCGAAGUCAACCGUUCCCACACAGAGUGAGAUCACUCUCGUGCCUGAGAACCUCCUCAAGAAGAGGAAGUCUCAGGAGAAGGCUCGCGAGGAGCGCGCGAUCGCAACACGCGAGAAGCGAGACAAGAGCAAGAAGAAGCGCGAGGUCAUCUUCACGAGAGCCGAGAAGUAUGUGAAGGAGUACCGCGAUGCCGAGCGGGAGCGCGUGCGCUUGUCGCGUGAGGCCAAGAAGAGCGACAGCCUCUACGUCCCCGCUGAGCCAAAACUCGCCUUCGUCGUCCGGAUAAAGGGUAUCAACAAGAUUGACCCUAAGAAGCGCAAGACACUGCAGCUGCUGCGGUUACUUCAGAUCAACAAUGGUGUCUUCGUCAAGCUUACCAAGGCGACGAUGGAGAUGCUGAAGAUUGUUGAGCCCUUCGUUGCUUAUGGCUACCCGAACCAGAAGUCGGUUCGUGAGCUUAUAUACAAGCGUGGCUAUGGCAAGGUCGACAAGCAACGCCUUCCUCUGACCGACAACGAGAUUAUCGAAGAGAACCUUGGCAAAUAUGGCAUGAUCUGUAUGGAAGACCUUAUCCAUGAGAUCUGCACCGUUGGGCCGAACUUUAAAGCUGCUUCAAACUUCCUCUGGCCGUUCAAGCUUAACAACCCUACUGGUGGCUUCCGCAAGAGGAAGUUCAAGCACUUCAUCGAAGGUGGUGACUUGGGCAACCGGGAAGACAAGAUCAAUGAAUUGAUCAGGCAGAUGAAUUAGACCACGCGAGGUCGAGAUUUUUUGGGUUUCGUCUCUGGUUUGGGCGUGAAAAGCUUUGGGAUAUACCACAGGAGUGAGCAUUUACA